AUGGGGCUGCUGGCAGAGAGGCUGCUGAUCCGGCUCUUUCUCAUCCCACUUUCCGUCUGCCGGUGCUUUUGGUGGUGGUGGCACUGCCUCACCCUGACGAGGAUGGUGCUGGGGGACGCAGGGAGCGGCCACAUCGAGUUCCACAUUCGCCAAGGCAUCCGAGUAACCCUCCUGCGGACACAGCUGGCCUCUGGACCUGCUGUUUCAGAGACACGACUCUUGCUCCAGCCUCAGCACCACCUCACAGAGCAGCGGUCCCCAGCUGGGGAGCAUCAGAAUGCCCGGCAGGCGUGUGGAAACGCGGACGGCUGCACCACUCCCAGAGCUUCUGCGUCAGGAAGUCUGGGGCGGGGCCUGAGAAUUUAUAUUUCUGAUAACGGCCCCGGUGAUGAUGCUGACGCUGGUCCUGACGCUGAUGCUCAGGACCACACUUUGAAAAUCACUGCCGCGGCCUACUGGCACCAGGGGCUUACCCUGCCCACCAGCUGGUCUGCAGCAGCCAUGUGCUUCCAGGCCAUGCAGCCAGCUAUGUGGGACCCAGCAGGCCGGCAGAAGCACAUCCAGGCUGCACAGCCAACCAUGCAGGAAGCCUACUCCAUCCCACAGCAGGCCUGUAGCAACUUCACGAGGCAGGGCCUUAUAGCCAACCAGUUUGCAGACACGGCUCGCCAGCUGUGGACGCUGCUGCUGUGGGGCUGCCGGCUGCAGGCCGCGGCACUGGCGGCGGCCCGGGGAGGACAACCAGUUCUGUGUCCUCGGAGGCCCCCAGCCCAGUCCUGGAGUCCCAGGCAAAGCCUGGCUUCAAGCUCCCACAAUGGACGGCCGUUCAGCUCCCAGGCUACUGAGGAGCGGAAGGAGGAGCCUCCGCACUCCCUCAGCGGCAGCUCGGAGACCGUGCAGGGUUCUGCUUCCAAACAUGAGCUCCAGGCUGAGACAAAGAAGCUUCUGCACAUCGUUGCCCGUUCCUUGUACUCAGAAAAAGAGGUGUUUAUGCAGGAGCUGAUCUCCAACGCUAGCGACGCCUCGGUAAAGCUGCGUCAUAAGCUGGUGUCUGAAGGCCAGACGCUGCCAGAAAUGGAGAUUCACUUGCAGACUGACGCCGAGAAAGGCACCAUCACGAUCCAGGACACUGGCAUCGGGAUGACACAGGAGGAGCUGGUGUCCAACCUGGGAAUGAUUGCCAGGUCGGGGUGGAAGGCCCUUCUGGACGCGCCUCAGAGCCAGGUGGGGGCCAGCAGCAAGAUCAUCGGCCAGUUCGGAGUGGGUUUCUACUCGGCCUUCAUGGUGGCUGACAGAGUCGAGAUCGAGAUCUAUUCUCGCUCGGUGGACGCGGGCAGCCCUGGGUACCAGUGGCUUUCAGAGGACUCUGGGGUGUUUGAGAUCGCCGAAGCCUCAGUAGUAAGAACCGGGACCAAAAUCAUCAUCCACCUCACGGCAGACAGCAGAGAGUUCACCAGCGAAGCUCGGGUUGGAGAUGUGGUGACAAAAUACAGCAACUUUGUCAGCUUCCCGUUGUACCUGAACGUAAGGCGCAUUAAUACCCUGCAGGCCAUCUGGCUGAUGGACCCCAAGGAUGUGGGCGAGACGCAGCACGAGGAAUUCUACCGCUACAUCGCUCAGGCCCAUGACAAGCCCACCCUGCACUACAAGACGGACGCACCUCUCAACAUCCGCAGCAUCUUCUACGCGCCGGAAUCGAAACCAACCAUGUCUGACGUGAGCCGGGAGCCGGGCUCCAGUAUCUCGCUGUACAGCCGCCAGGUCCUCAUCCAGACCAAGAUGGGGGCCGCCCGCCACUUCCUGCGCAUGCAGCAGCUGGCCGUGCCCCCGGAGGAGCGCGCUCAGCUGCUGCAGCCCACGCUGCAGAUCCACCCCAGGCACACGCUCAUCAAGAAGCUCAAUCAGCUGAGAGACAGCGAGCCUGACCUGGCCCAGCUGCUGGUGGAUCAGAUCUACGAGAACGCCAUGAUCACAGCGGGGCUCGACGAUGACUCGGGACCCAUGGUGAGCCGCCUGAACCACCUGAUUGUCAAGGCCCUGGACCGACACUGACAGCUGUGAAAGCCCCAGGUCCUCCUGCAGUGUUAGGGCUGCAGGAGAGGGGACAGAUGGAACCGUGGGACAAGGUAGCC